GCAAAGGGAGUAGUCUCUGGUCCUUUUGUUACUUAGGCUGGAAAGUUAGGAUUUUCCUUUCAAUUCAGUUCUAGGAAGUCAGCAUGAAAUGGUCUUAGGUUCCCUGCCUCCAGACCCUAUUUUCCUGCCUCAAUCCUGGUGGGCCCUGAUCCAAUACUGGUGUCCUUAUCGGAAGAGGAGAUUAGGACACAGAUACACACAGGGGAGACAACGUGAAGACACAGGGAGAGGAAGGCCACCUACAGUCAAGAGAGAGGCCUUAGAAGAAACCAACCCUGUGGUCGUGAGAAGCCAGUAGUGAUUUCUUCUGACUUGAGCCUGCAGUGUGCUGUGAGAGAUCUACCACUAGAUUACCUCAACUUUGGUCUCCUGGGACCACUCAUUGCUGACAGUCAGAAAUUGCAGGGCAUCUGAUCUCCUGGUGUUAAAAUCUGUCGUGAUACCGAGGAAGGCCCCGAGAUCCCAGGCACUGAGUGACUGCAUACUCUCUUGCUGUUGCUUGCUCUUUGGGUCUGUACUGUCUUUAUGAGCUGUAACACUCACAGUGAAGGUCUGCAGCCUCACUUUUGAGGCCAGCGAGACCACGAGCCCACUGGGAGAAAUGAACAACUCCAGACCGGUGGCCUUAAGAGCUGUAAUACUCCCCGCGAAGGUCUGCAGCUUCACUGCUGAAGUCAGUGAGACCAUGAACCCAGCAGAAGGACCAAACUCUGAACACGUCUGAACAUCAGAAGGGACAAACUCCAGACACACCAUCUUUAAGAACUGUAACACCAUGAGGGUCCGCGGCCUUAUUCUUGAAGUCAGUGAGACCAAGAACCCACCAAUUCCGGACACACCAGUACUUAGAAUCUACUCCAGGAAACUCACCAUGGAAGUUUGGUAGUCUCCAAACCAUUCUAUACCCGUUCAAUGAGAUGAGUUUACUUGAUUACACAUUUGGAUUCUGUAGCAAUGUCCAGCUCCUGUAGAAGUUUAUUGACAACUACUUGCAAUAUCUGUAUUUGCGUUAUUGAAGUCUGAUAAGACUGAUCCGUAGACCACGUUUUAAGUAGUGCUGUCUUAGACUCUAAGUUCCAUGAGGACAGAACCUAGGGCUGCUUUUUUUCAUCAUCGUAAUCAUAGGACAUGACAUUGACCGUCACAUAACAGCACAUUGAUUACAUGCAGAGGUUCUGUCAGUAGCAGUUUCUGCCUCCAAAGUAGCUUGGAUUAGAUCUUGAUCACUGUUUAGCACCUGUGGGAUCAUCAUACUUUACUUAUAACAGAAAAUAAGAAUAAAUGGGAUCAUCAGUCUGAUUUAUUUUUAAAAUACAUGCUCUUUAAUACAAAGUCUAAAAAAAUAAUAUUAGCUUCUGGGUGCUGGUAUGACCUCCUUAUAAGUAAAGAUCACUUGAUUAAUAAUUUAAUUUUCUUUCACUAGAUGUAAAAAUUCUCUUCAAGUUCACUUAAGUAACAUGAAGCUUAAAAGAAAUCUAAAACAAUUAGCCUCUUAAAUAGCAAGACUGUAUGAGAGAAAUGUGUUCCUUGUACAAGGGAACCCCUGUAAAAAACAAAAUUAUAUUUAAAACCCAAAUGGCUUUCUAUUAUGCAGCUCAGGGAGAAACAUUGGAACUCUUGAACAGUCUAAAAUUGUGUUUCUGAAAAUGAGAAUCACAUGGAGUUAGUUUAGCAUCUACCAAUGUAAUCUCUAUGGGACAGAGUAACAUUUUUCGAAGUUUAAAAUGUAAGAUUCUUAAUAAAUUACAUGACAGUGCUGUUUGAACAUAACAGCUCUCACUUUCAGUGGUUCAAGAAUGUCUUCUGAAGUGGUAGGAAGUAGCAGUUGAAUGUUCAUAGUUUUCACUGAAUGCUUCAUUAUAUUAAUGUUAACAGCCAAGAAAAACGAGGACAUUUACUAUAUGUUUUUGCCACCCUUGGCCACUUAGUUUUCCGUGGAACAUUUGUUAUUUCUGGGACAUACGGCAUAUGCCCAGAACCAUAAUUAGUAACAGUUUGAUGUUAUAGGAGUUCAAAAUUUAGUAUUUUCUAGCUUCAUUAGAUCAGUGGCUUCCUCUGAAAUAUAAAAGCAUUAUACAAAUACGUAAUACAAAUACAGAUCCUAAGGGUACAUUCUGGAGUCAGCUUUUUUACUCCUUUACCAACUGCAGUAUUUGCUUGUUUUGAUGGGGAGGUGUUCAAACAGCUCUUCCCCAGAACCAGAGGGAGGCACUGCUCUAAGUACUUUAUAUAUAUCAACUUAUUUAAUCAUUGCAGUAACAGGUGAGAAAAAAAGGGGCAAAAAGACAUUCAUUUGCCCAAAGUCACUUAAAUGGGAAAUUGUAUAGUCAGGAUUUCUCCUAGGGAGUCUGGCUCCAGGGUCCAUGUUAUAGCAUACAUAGUAUCUUUUAUGCAAUACUGUUCCUGUAAGGAGAUGAAGGCUUCCAGAAUUCCACUGGUAAAAUACUGUUGAAAAGGUUAUUUCCUUGCAGACUAUCUCUGACUAAUGCUUAGGUAGUAGCUGAGAAAUGCAGAAUGACUGGGGAAUGCUGGGUAGCCAGGAAUGCUGGAUAAAUGGGGAAAUGCUAGGUAACCAGGGAAUGCUGGGUAACUAGGAAUGCUGGAUAAUAGGGGAAUGCUGGGUAAUUGGGAAUUCUGGGUAGUCAGGGAAUGCUGGGUAACCUGGGGAGAGGGACAAGAAGUCAUUAGUUAGCAGCUCACCCUAAGCAACCUUCUAGUAUCUGUAAACCAGAGGGUUGUUAUUAAUACAGAAUCUGGGACUGCUGCAAUGUUGAUUAUCCUCACAUGAGAUCCUUCAAAUCAGUAUUAUCUUUGAAUCAGAAGGAUAUAUAUUUGUAGAUGCGUUUUACUUCAAAUCUUUAACUGUAUUUAAAAUUCACAGGUUUCUAGCACUUGCUACAUAUACAAUAGCUGAGAGGAGACAUUUCAGGGAAAGAAUGUUACUUAUUUAUUAAUUCGUUUAUUUUUUACUUAAGACUUAAAGACUUUGUGGGGGAGUGGGUUAGCAGAGAGAACCCUUAGUCUUUCCAAUAGGAAAUUUACCACUGAGUUCUCAUAUAUAUCCUAGCCAGGGGAGAAAAGAUAACCACUUUUGCUUUGUGCUGGAAGUCAUCGGUUGCUGAGGCUGAUUAUUCAAAGAAAGCAAAACGUCUCAUUGGUAUCAAAAUGUAGUUUUUCCCAUCUUGUGUUACUAAUGCAGUUAUUAAGGACUGAAAAUGCAACAUUGCUUAGCAACAUGCAUAACAGUAUUUACUAUUAUUUUAUUUGAGCAGCAGCAGCAAUAAGUACUAUGUCUUGUAAAUGUCCUGGUGACAUUUUAUUUUCUUUCUCAUCUAACAUUGCUUGUAUCCAUUGCCAUGGUAUUAAGCAAAAUGCUUAGUCUGUGGCUUGGCAGAGUGGGUUUAGAUACACUCCCUUAAGUACAGAGAUCAGCCCUGAAAGCUGGCAUUGGCUCAAUAUAGAACCAAAAGGAAAUUAGGCUGCAGGUAAGAAAAAGUAGUAAAGGAUGCCUACAACUGUCAUGGUCUAUAUAAGUCUUCUAAUUUUCACUACCAGCAAGUAUAUCAUGAUGUCCCGUGAGAUGCAGGAACUUGCUAUAAUACUGUUCAGGCUAUUUGUUUUGUUGUCUCCAGUCUUUCAGGCAGCAACUAGUGUUCAUAAUAAUCAAAAGCAAACAUAAUCCCUAUUUCCUCCUAAUGAAAAGACAGCACUUUGACUAAUAACUGUGCUAGCACUGCCUUGUCAUUUACGCUUCAUCCUGUGUGUUGGAGAAUGAGUUGAUGUCUGAGAAAAUUUGAUCUGGGUGGACUCCCAUCCAAGCCCUCCUUUCUUCUCCAAAUUAGAAUAGCAACUGUACAUCUGAGAAUCCGGGCAUUCCUCUACUAUUUUCCCUUUUUCUUUCUCCACAGUCAUCCUAGCUUGACCUCUUAAAUCCUGGUAUUCUAAGUUGACUUCUGCCUGGGGAAGAGCAAGAAAUCCCAGAGGUUAGGACCAUCUAGCUAGAAAGACUGUCUCUAAAAGAUUUGAACAAUUUUGAGAGGAAAGAGGGGCCAAGCUUCUCUCAUAAAAACAAUAGAGAAAGAAUCAGUUCACUACUACAACAGAGGCAGCCAUUCAUCCUGGAGAGGAGAGAUGUUCCACUUGGGAUUGUUAUCCAGUGAUUGAUGUCUUUUCAAUUCCAGGACAUGUGGAGGUUCUUUAGGGAUUUGAAUCAGUGAGCAGCUUGUUUAAUUCUUUGUCCUUCCCAGGGAGGGGUCCUGAAUGUGGACAUCUUCCUCAUGCAGUUUCGGUUUUUGGUGCCUUCCACGUCCUUGGCUUUGCUUUUGCUUUGUUGCGUCUUAGAAUCAUUAAUUAAUUAUGGAUCCAGUUCCUUCUGUGCACUUGCUAAUUGGACGUUUUGAGAAAUUGCUCCAUGCUGGCUUCAAUAAUGAGGAGAGAAUUAAAAGGCUGAGGAGUGCUAGGAAAGAGAGACAGACCACAAUGGUCAUGGAAAUCUAGCAAAAACCAUCCGAGAUAUCUGUUACCCCAGUAACCAGGGGACACGGAGCACCGAGCAGAGAGGUUAGAAAAAAGGACAAUGAAGUGAUGAAAGGGACAGGGUCAGUGAGGGGGCCUAUUCUUGAGAAGAACACUUGCAAGGAGGGAAAUCCUGUGUGAAUGGUGCAUUGGCUGGACAGCCUGAGCUAGCUGUUGCCUCCUGUUGAGGAGGGGAGCUCCCGGAACAGGAUGAAGAGCCAGGACUUUGGAGUCCAGCAUCCUGACAUCUGUGUCUGGACUCUGCCAUUUACUGGCUGUGGGAUGUGGAACAAAUGACUUUACCUCUCUGAUCAUCCAGUUCUUCAUCUGUGAAAUGAAAAAUAAUAGUACUUGUGUUAUAGUGUUGUGGUAAAGAAUAAGUGAGAUCAAGUUGGUCAGACUGUCUAGACUACUUCCCGGCACAUAGCAAACUCUCAGUACUGGCUAGUCAUUAUUAUUAUGCAGUUAUGUUGUCAAUUUAAUGAUGUAAUAAUAAAAUAUUAACAUAGGUAACAUACUUAGUCUGGCAUAGCUCAGGACUUAAAAUACUUUGUAGGAGAAUCAUUGUUUCCAUUGAUUCCUCUCCUUUCUCUUUCUGGCCAGUUUGUUUUUUCCGCUUAUACCCCUCCCUCCUGUUCUACUUAGGAAGGGGAGAGGAGUUAAAAAUUGGAUAAGAUGCUGGGCACAGUGGCUCAUACCUCUAUUCCCAGUGCUUUGGGAGGCUGAGGCAAGAGGAUCACUUGAGGCCAGGAAUUUGAGACCAACCUGGGCAACAUAGUAAGACCUCGUCUCUACAAAAAAAUUUUUUUUAAUUAGCUGGAUGUGGUGGUGCACACCUGUAGUCCUCGCUGUUCAGGAGGCUGAGGCAGGAGGAUCACUUGAGCCCAAGAGUUGGAGGUUACAGUGAGGUAUGAUUGUGCCACUACACUCCAGCCUGGGCAACAGAGGGAGACCCUGUCUCAGAAAAAAAAAAUUUUUUUUGAUUAAGAAAAACGCAGCUGUUUGACUGGGGGCCUUUGGUUGUUGGGAUAUAGCAGAAGUGUGGGAAAUGCUGAAAGAGGCCAUCACAGCCCAGCUGGCCAGAUAACCCAUGGAAACCCUUCCCAGUGUGGAUCCUAUUAUCGUGGGCCAUUACUUAUUUGAUAUUUAGACAUAGGUGAUUUGCAAUUUCAGAUUCAAGAUUUUCUCCUCCAUUAAAAUGUAAACCUUCACAAUGGAAAAGUUUGUUGUCUCUUUUGUUUACUGCUAAUUCUCUAGUGUCUAGAUACAGCUAUCAGCUCCACCUUUGGGCUGAACCUCCUGAAAGUCCUCAAACGGGCCUUCAAGUUCUGACACAAUCUCCCCCACCCCAUGUUACCUCUCUGAUUUUAUCUCCUACUAGUCUGUGAAAUCUAGCUAGAUAUAUUCAGGAGUAGAUAAGACUGUUGGGGCAUAUGAAAUACAUCUAGCAGCAAAAUGUAGUAGAAAGAUUUAGAAGGAAUCAUGUUUGAGGUCUAAGUUCUAGUUCUGCUACUAUUUCCUGGGGUGAAACUGGGCCAAAUCAUGUGACCUUUGUAGGCUUUAGCCUCCACACUGAAAGAAGUUUGGAUCAGGGUGCUUCUAAUUGUAAAUUUAAUGGCAAUGCUAUCCUUGGUUGUAGCAUAAUAUGAAGUUGAUUUAUCCAUUCAGAAACAUUUCUGAGUAUUUUUGGUCCCUGGUGUGAAAUUGUGAAUCUUAGCCUGGUGAUUCAUAGGCUAACAGCUGCUUUCCCACCAUCUACCCCAAGCUCAGGGCUUUGCAAUGGGGGCGGCAGUAUAGCCAGAACUGACAUCAUGUCCCAUUCUUCCUAGGUCCAAGUCAUUUCCAUCAAGCAGCAUUUCCCAGGCUUUUGUCAUUCAGGUCCCAUCUCCAUGAUUUUUACUAUAUCACAUUCUAUCUAUAUUAUUUUUUACUUAAUGUCUUUCUUUAAACCACUCCUUCUUUAUAUUUUACCUUGCAUUUGCCCUAAGCAGCAGUUAUAGCUGUGAAUAGCUUUGAAAUUGGAUAUGCCAGCUAUAUUUUUUUCUAAAGCACAUGAAAAUAAAUACACAACCAUAAUCCACCAUAACUAUGCACCACUAAAACUGUCUUGAGUAACUCCAAUGGUUUGCCUUGCACACUUUGGGAAGCAUCACCAUGAAGGUGAGGGACAGAGCUCUGGAGCUUUCACCGCCUUGAGUGUCCUUCUUCCAGUGAUCUUAGACCUUGGGAGGAAAGAAAAAGCCAUUCUCAAUGAAAAUCUGAGGGAGCCCUUUCCAAGGCAUUGGAGAUUGUUCACUUUGUUUUGAUUUGGAAUGUAGUGCAGAAAUGACUAAGCCUUCCCAAGAGGCCAAGGGCUGCUGGAAAGAAGAAAGAAAGGUAUUUUGCUGGCUUAAAAAACAGAAGUCAAUGGCAAAGGAACACGCUGAAGGGAAAGAGCAAUUAACUGAAAUAAAAUAAAGCAGCAGAAAAGUGAGAGGAGUGGUGGGGAAAACUACUGCAGAGAAAUGCAGUUGCUCCCAGAAGCAAAGCAUUAGUGGAAGGUAAGAGACUUUGCAGAGAUCCUCAUUUCCUCCUCAUUUUGGACUUUCGGAGUCUCUCUCUCGUAUGAUGUGAGAACUGAUUCGAUACACAGAGGGGCUCAGCUUGGAGGCCCAAAGUAUGAUAUUCUUCAAUACACUUCCUGCUAUUGGGAUCAUGCUCUAAACAGGUUAGCUCCUCCAUGACAUAUACUUUUGGCAUGAAAGGUGGAUCUAAGGCUACCAGAGAGAAAGAGUUAGAAAUGAGUGUAGACUUCCUCUAGCAUCUUUUCAUACUUAAUUAAGAAAGAGAAGGAACUUAGCCUUUAUCAUGGUAUAGAUUUGAUUGACUUAGGCCCACAUAUCUGCAAGGGUCAGCCAAAUUUAAAUUGUAAACAUGUUUUUAGAAAAUCUGAAUUCCCCGGCACGACUGGCUUGAGCGAUUGGAAACAAGAUGCAGGACCCCAACACAGACACUGAGUGGAAUGACAUCUUAGACAAGAAUGGCAUCUUACCCACCAAGGAAAGUCUAAAAGAAUCAGAAGAGAAGGCAGAAGAGGAGCAGCAUAUCCUUCAGCAGUCAGUGGUGACAACAUACGAAGAUAUGACUUUGGAAGAGCUGGAGGAUCAUGAAGACGAGUUUAAUGAGGAGGAUGAACAUGCUAUUGAAAUGUACAGAUGGCAGAGACUCGCUGAGGGGAAAGCAAUUAAACUGAAGAAUAAAUUUGGAGAAGUUUUGGAGAUUUCAGGGAAGUAUUAUGUUCAAGAAGUUACCAAAGCCAGUGAGGGCUUGUGGGUCAUCUUGCACCUUUGCAAACAAGGAAUUCCCCUCUGUGCCCUGAUAAAUCAGCACCUCAGUGGACUUGCCAGGAAGUUUCCUGAUGUCAAAUUUAUCAAAGCCAAUUCAACCACCUGCAUACCCAAUUAUCCUGAUAGGAAUCUGCCCAUGAUAUUUGUUUACUUGGAAGGAGACAUCAAGGCUCAGUUGAUCGGUCCUCUGGUGUUUGGCGGCAUGAACCUGACCAGAGAUGAGUUGGGGUGGAAACUGUCUGAAUCUGGAGCAGUUAAGACGGACUUGGAGGAAAACCCUAAGAAGCCGAUUGAAGGUGUGUUGCUGUCUUCAGUGCAGAGCUCUGUCCCCAUGAGGAGGGACAGCGAUUCCAAGGGUGACUGAGGCUGCAGCUGCUAUCACAUGCUGAACUUUCUUGUGACAAAUUGUCUGGAUUUCUUUAAGAAAAGGAAAAGCAAGAAUGAAUCCUUCUGGUUUUUAGUUUUGUAUAAAUUAUGUUUCAAAUCUUUACAUUUUAGAAAUAAUCAUUGCUGGAAAUUCUGUUAAAUAUUUUGGAACUCUUUUUUUAAACUAUAGUAUUUCCUCUAAAAAAAUUAAAACCAGCUAUUGGUAUGGCAAAAAAAAAAAAAUGAAAAUCUGAAUUCCAGAGGAUUAAAAUAUCUCUGUUUGGGAACAUCUCCCCUGGCACACAGCUGAAGUAAGUGCCUGCAGAUGGUCCCAGCCCUGUUGAGGGGAACUGUGUUGGGGUCUAGCAUGUAUUGUGCUGGGCCCCUGUCAAAGCCGAUGAGUUCCAAUCUAGAAUUUUGAUUAGGAGGAGGGAGGUAUGUUAGGAGCCAAGUCAGCUGCACAAAGGCUGAUUGGAAAAAAACUUCUGUAUUGUUUUGUGCCUUUCCAGAUUUUUCUAUUUAAAAAUAGUGCCCAUUAAGAGGGAGUGCUGAUAUCAUUACCAUCCUCUCCAAAAGGGGACAGGAACUGGGAGGCUCUGAGGAAACUAGGUAUGGUCCAUACAGCAGAUAGGACAGAUUCAGCCAAAAGACAAGAAGCUCUUGGUUAAGCUGCACCAGGAAUACUAUCAAUUACUGUUUCCUGGGGUGAAUUUAGGAAAAACCUAAGAAUUAAAUUGCGCUCAAAGCACACGAAUUGCAGUUUCAUGUACUGUUUUUCUAGAACCUCAACUAGGAUAUUUAUAAUAAGGUUUUGGUUUCUUUCCAGACUUGAGAGAACAUUCAUCUAAAAUUACAUUUUUUCAGGUCAAUUUCGGCCAGAUGUUCUUUAGAUAACUCAUGAACGUUCUCUCUUUUUUUGGGGGGGGGGUGGGGGCGGUGGUAGAGCAUAGUCCCUUGAACCCUUUUUGAACCUUUUUGGUAGAUACUGUUUGUUUCCUCAUUCCCUCUUUAUUUUCUCUUCUCUAUUCUCGAGUCUCUGUAGAGGCUGACCUGUGGGCCAAAUCCUAUUUCUGCAGAUCUUUGCCCCCAGUAAAGCAAAACAAAUAGACCAUCUUUCACUUUUCAGAAUUUUCAAGACUAUGUCAAUGCUUUGAGUAAGUCAGACCUUUGUGUAGAAUACAUGAGUCUCAGCAGCAGCAGUGAUGAGUUGGCCUCUUCCAGAAGGGAAUUCACUGCAUGGGUGUGGGCCACUGAGUUAAAGUGUUUCACAGCCCACUUUGCUACCCUUGCCUGGUUCCUGAAAUGGUUCAAACAAAGUAACAACUUAAGUCAUCAGAACAACAAAAAAAAAGAUUAUUAAGUGCACUUUCUUUUAUGUGAUUUUUAUUCUUGUUUAUUUGUUUCAUAUGAACUUUAUGUGAACAAAGGGACCUUGGUGAAUACCUGUACAGCCAAAUCAAACUUUAACAGAAUCCCCUAAGAUAAGACAGAAACUAUGGGAAAAGGUUUUCUUAUUAGGUAUUUGUUCUGUCCAUUCUCUGAAAUACUCGUUUCUAACACUGCUCUUCAGUAAGGAAAAAAGUCAUUUUUCUUUAUAUCUAGACUAUUGAAGUCAUUAUAUUUGUGAUGGGAAAUUUUUAAGUAUGUGAAGUAAAGAGAGUGAUGGGAGGCUGAGUUGGAAAGAGCACAACACCUAAUUGAGUCCCCUCUUCGUCUGGUGAGUUAGUAUUGUGCCCAUGCUCAUGAACUAGUGUAUUUUCUGUUUUUAAUUUCCUCAAUUUUCAAACUGUAAAAUAAAAUAUUAUGGUGUCUGUUUCCUGGGAACAGAAAACACAUGUAAGUAUUUGAGAAAUUUGAGACAGAAAUUUGGUUUGAAGCUUGUCAAAAAGAUACAUGAAAUCAAGCCCCAAUAAAAUAUUUUUCUUGCUUGCAUCUAGUUUAUCAUGAUUGGAUUAAAUUAUUCUUUGUAACACACUCCUGAAUGAUUUUAUAACAAAUACAUAAACAGGAGGAUAACUUAAAUGCCAUUAUGCUAACAAUACCUACAAUUUUGGUCAUUGCACAGACAUGACACUUAAAAAUUAGUAUACAUGUGUAGACUUUGGUUUAAGUCUUUUAUUAAAACAGUACUUUGAGCUUUUAUUGUUAUCAAUUAAUAUUUUAGGGUGCCCGAGGCAAGAGGCAGAUGGAACCUGCAGCCCUGCACCUUGUCUUCCCUUCCCAUCCCUGGCUCUUUGUGGCAGGACUCCCAUGCAAUCAAGCUGUAUUAGUUUUCUAUAGCUGCUGUAACAAAUUAACCACAAAUAUAGUGGCCUAAAACCAUGCCAAUUUAUUAUCUUGUGGUUCUGAAGAUCAGAGUCUAAAAUCAAGGUCCCAGCAGGGCUGCAUUCCUUCUGGAUGCCCUAUGGGGAGAAUGUCUUCCCUUGCUUUUUCCCUCUGCUCCAGGCUGCCUACAUUCCUUAGCUCAGAGCCCCUUUAUCUCAUCACUCCAACCUCUUACUUCCAUCACCACAUCUCCUACUACUGACUCUGAUCCUCCUCCCUCUCUCUUGAAAGAUUCUUGUAAUUACAUUGGGCCUGUCCAGAUCAUCCAGGAUAAACUUCCCAUCCUGAGAUCCUUAACUUAAUCACAUUUGUAAAGUGUCCUUACCAUAGAAGGUAACAUAUUCAUAGGCCCUGGGAACUAGGAUGUGGAUGUCUUUGGGAGGCCUACCACAUGUGUGAACUCUCCAGGCCCACACUGUUACAGCUCCAUCCUUUACCAUCACUGCCCCCUACACUAGAACUGUUUUGUCUGCCCUUGGGAGGACCUCCCCAGGCAAGGGCUCACACAGGUCCUAGGAGUGGCUCUGUUACCAGCAGAGGGUCUUGACUGCAAUUUGUCCAGGUUCUUGGCAUUUUGAACAAAGAAUUAGACAAAAUACACAGCAAAGCAAUGAAAGAAUGAAGCAAUGAAAGCAGAGAUUUAUUGAAAAUGAAAGUAUACUCCACAGAGUGGGAGCGGGCCAUGCAGUGGCUCAAGGACCCUGGUUACAGGAUCUUCUGAGGUCCAAAUACCCUCUAGAAGUUUUCCAUCGAGCUCUUGGCAUAUACCCCAUGCAAAUGAAGUAGUGGCCUGUGAUCAGUCUGGUUGGUUGCAGAAAGCCUUGUUUUUGGUCUGUGCUUCUCCUCAUGCGUCAAGGAGUUGCCUUCUGCAACCAAUCAGAGGCUGAAGUGAAGUCACAAAAUUAUGCUCCUAUGCAAACAUCUGAUUGGUUGCAGAAAGCAACUAAUCAAAGGUACUUUCAACUUUGCAUCUGCCAGGCAGAAAUGGGGGAGGUUUGCAAAGGGAGUAACCUUUGGUCCUUUUGUUACUUAGGUGUGACAAGUUGGGGUUUUCCUUUUGAUUUAGUUCUAGGAAGUCAGCGUGAAUCAGCCUUAGGUGUCCUGCCUUCCGACCCUAUUCUCCUGCUUCAGCUCAGACCAAUUGAACAGGGAAUUCCGGGAUCCCUGGUACCUGGAAGGCUGUCAGGGUUUAGGAGAAGGUCAGUGCAAGCUCAGUGUGGGCACAGGGCUCUCAGACUCCUUGAUGCAUGAGGAGGAGCACACACAAAAAAAGGCGGAAGUGGGGCCCUCUAAGUCUAGAGGCCCAGAGCAGGGGCCAGAUGCUGGCGUCUACAAGCAGUGUUCCUCCAACAGCCAGGCAAGCAGCAUGAUUGAAUGCCUGGAGGUGGGCUGUGGUCAAAUGGAGACUGUCAGUCCAUAAUAAGGAGGCAGUAGAAAUACAGUGCCAGGGAAAGGGGCCCAGUGUUGCUACAUCUUAGCAAAACUAAAAACCUAUUUUCAUUUUGUUUUAAACAAUGUGCAAGCCAAAAAAAAGAUUGGCGGGGGGCGGGGACCAGAUAUGGCUCUUAGCCCUUCAAUUUGCAACUGACCCCUGGUUCAAAUGAAUGAGCACAGCAUACCUAGGCAUAGAUGACAUUUUAUUGAAUGAGUGAACAAUGAACUUCAAUGUCAAAUUCAGAGAUGGUGCAUUAAAUAAAUUACCCAAAGCUGAAAAAUUCAUCCCUAAUUAUGUCACAUUUUUCAGUAGGCUCAUCAGAGAUUCAGCAGGGAGAUAACAUGACAACUUUAAGAUAAAUAUUAAUAAAAUGUCCACGAUAUGGCAAUGCCUUCAAUUUGUAUAAACCCUUUUCCAUGAUAAAUUUCACAGACAAAAAAUAAAGCCUACAAAUUAAAUCCCCUUGCCAGUGAAAAUUCCAAUGUUAAAGUCCAGAGGAAUUAAAGUCCAAAAUUGGAAGCUUUUCUGUGGAGCUAAAAAUCCAAAGGAAUCAAAUUUCCAGUCACAAAGCUGAAGUUCAAAAUUACUUCAGAAAUUUCUAAGAAGUUGUUUCAUCAUCAUUUAGUCAUUUGACAAUUAUUUAUGGAGCUUCUACUGUGCACCAGGCACUGUGCUAGGUCCUGGGGGGAAAGCGGUGAAUAAGAGGCAACCAUGUCCUUAUGGAGUUGAUAUUUAGGUAGGGAACAACAUAAGCAAGUAAAAUAUGUAGUAUUUUAGGUAGUGAUGAUUGCUAAGGAGAAAAAAACUAGGAAAAUUGAAGGUAGGGGCGGUUUGAAAUUUUAGAUAGAAUGGCCAAGGAUAGUUCCAUUGAGAAGGUGACUUUUGAGAAAAAGCCUGAAGGAAAUGAGGGAGGUAGCCUGGCAGAUACUUGGUGGGAGACCAUGCCAGGACGAGGGAGUGCCAAGUACAAAGGCCUGUGUUGGGUGUGGCCUGGUGUGCUUGAGGAACGGUGGAAGGCCAGAGUGGCUGGAGCAGAGAGAACAGAGAUGGGGGAUAGUAGAAGGUGGUGGUCAGAGCAGAGAAGGGAGCCAGAGCAUAGAGGGUUCUUAAGGAUAAGAACUCUGGCAUGUACUCUGAGUAGGAUGGGAGUGCUUGAAAGAUCUUGAGCAGAGAAGUGACAUGCUCUGACUUCUUUAAGUCAGACCUCUCUGGCUGCCGCAUUCUGAAGAGGCUAAAGAGGGUAAGGACAGAACUAGCGGCACCAGUUAGGAGGCCGUCGUAAUACCCCCUGGGAAUGGCUGUUAGUGUUAAAAUUUGGAGGUAGAAAUGGUGGUAAUGAGAAGAGGUCGGAUUCUGGAUCAGUUUUGAUAGUUCAUAUAACAGGAUUUUCUCAUGUAUCUGGCUGGGGUGUAAGGAGAAGAGAAGUCAUGAAUAGCACCAUGGUUUUGGUUUAAACAACCAGAAUGGAAUUGCCGUUAUGAGAAUAGGAAUGACUGGGAAGGAAACAGAGUUUGAAGGAAAGAUCAAGGGACAAUCUGGGGACAUAUUAAGUCCUAAACAUCUAUUAGAUAUGCAAAGUAGAUGAGUAGGUAUUUGAAGGUAUAGAUCUGCAGUUCAGGGGAGAGGAGCCAGACUGGAGAUAUAAAUUUGGUGAUUGUCAGCAUGUAGAUUUUAUCUAAAGCCAUCGGACUGGAUGAGAUCACCUGGAAAGUAUGUGU